UUACAACAGUUCCAGUUUUGCUAAGACCUUUAUGAUUUUGUGUUUCAUAAAGGUAUUCUGUAUGGGUAAGAGACUUGAGAGAGAAAUUCAAGGGGCAGCCCAUUGGAUCAAGAAAAUGGGGAUUGGGGUUUUGGGGAGCAAAUUUUCACAUUUCCCUGCACCCCUUUCCUCAUUUAAGUCUCCAUUACAGUUCCCACAGAGAUUGACAUUGCGGGAAGAUGAUGACCAUGUGGAGGUGCAGCAGAUAUCUGGGAAGGAGAAGAAGAAGCAUAACGACCAUGGCAGAUAGCAGGGCCGCCGUUGGAUGGUCGUGGUGGGACCAUGCGGAACCACUUCCCAAGGACCCCAUUAAAACUGUUACUGAUGCUUUCCUCUCUGACCCUAGCCCUUUCAAGAUUAAUCUUUUUGUGGGAACUUACAGGGAUGCUGAAGGUAAUCCUGUGGUUCUUGAUUGUGUAAGAAAAGCUGCAGCCAAGCUUGCUGGUUGUGAGUUCCUGGAUUCCAUUUCACCAGAAGACACUUCGAAGCUAGUUGAAGAAUGUUCGAAAUUGGCUUAUGGUAAAGAUUCCGGUGUUGUUACUGAAGGAAGAUGUGCUGGAAUCCCAGCUCUUUCAGGCACUGGUGCGUGCCGGCUUUUUGCUGAACUCCAGAGGCGCUUCUACCCAGAAUCAAAAAUAUAUCUGCCUAAUCCCACUUGGUCCAACCACCACAACAUAUGGAGGGAUGCAGAAGUUUCAAGAAGUACUUUCCGCUACUACCACCCUGAUACUAGACGGUUGCACUUCCAAGCCCUCAUGGAAGAUAUCAAGAAUGCUCCCAGCAAUUCCUUUUUCUUACUUCAUCCUUGUGCUCACAACCCAACUGGGAUUGACCCUUCUGCAGAACAGUGGGAAGAAAUCUCGCACGUGUUCAAGGUGAAGAAGCAUUUCCCUUUCUUCGAUAUGGCUUAUCAGGGCGUUGCUACUGGGGACCUAGAAAGAGACGCCAGGGCUAUCCGCAUAUUUCUUAAAGAUGGACAUUUGUUGGCCUGUGCACAGUCGUUUUCCAAGAUCAUGGGAUUAUACGGACAUCGAGUGGGUUGCCUCAGUAUUCUCUGUGCGGAUGACAAACAAGCAAGUAUAAUCAAAGGCCAGUUAAAUCAGAUUGUCAGUGCAAUGUAUAGUAGCCCACCAGUUCACGGGCCAUUACUAGUCUCGACAAUUUUGAAUGACCCUGAUCUCAAGGCAAUUUGGGAAGAGGAAUUAAAGGUCAUGACGGAUCGCUUUAUGACAAUGCGUGCUGCUUUACACCGAAAUCUUGAAGCCUUGAGUUCUUUAAGCUGGGAACACAUAAUCAAUCAGGUUGGCAUGUUUUGCUUCUCUGGCUUAUCACCUAAACAGGUUGAACAGUUGCGGAAGGAUUUCCAAAUAUACAUGCCCAACAAUGGCCGCAUCAGCAUGGCAGGUGUGACGAUAAAAAAUGUCGAAUACUUGGCAAACGCAAUACACAAAGUGACCAGAAGUACUCAUUAAAGUUUCUUCUCGUUUGCCCCGAUCUCCCUCUCGUGAUGCAGAUACAUAAACACUCGUUAAUUAGGUAUGUGUAGUUAAGAAUCUACAGCAAUAUUUUAAAUUCCAAAGAACAAAAAAACUAGUGUUCGGAAACAACUUCCAUACCAUUUUCUUGUGAACCAUCCUGAUUUUACAGUAUGAUCUUAACCGUAACCCUGAGUUAGUUGAAAACGCUAUAUGUGCAACAGUAUGAUGAUGAUUUGUCUUAGCUUAUGUUGUUGUCUGCUGCUGUUAUCUUAGUGUGCAAAGACCAUAAGAUUUUUUACGAGAGAUCACAUUCAUAGUUGUUAUACAUCAUUCUCA